GGGCCUUGAGAGGAACCAUCCGGGAGUGCUAAUAAAAACCGCAACUUUAAGGAGCAAAGAGAGAGGAGAGAGGAGACAGUUUCUUCCUCUCCAAUUUUUGUUCUCCCAGCAUCGUCAGUAGUUACCUCCUCCUCAGUCCAAGAAACUUCCGCUUCCAGAUUCUGCCCGGGAAAUCAUAACAAUCUGAUCAAGAAAUGGAAAGCAAAAGCCGCAUUCCACCUCCUCAUUUUAGACGUCCUAUACCAGGCCCCGGCUUGGUGCACACUGAGUCAUUUGUGCCGGGAAUACGUCGUCCACCAGGUUCAUUUUCUCAAGUAGAUAUGUUGCCUCCCCCCCCAGAAGUUAUGGAGCAAAAGCUUGCUGCACAGCAUGUGGAGAUGCAAAGACUUGCUACAGAGAACCAGAGGUUUGCUAAUACACAUGGGGCAUUGAGACAGGAACUUGCUGCCGCGCAACAUGAUUUGCAGAUUUUACAUGCUCAAGUUGGAGCUGUGAAGUCUGAGAGAGAACAGCAGACGAGGAGCCUUAUGGAUAAGAUUGCUAAGAUGGAGGCUGAUAUCCAAGCGGCAGAACCUCUUAAGUUGGAAUUGCAGAAGGCUCGAGCUGAUGCUCAGAAGUUGAUUGUAGCAAGACAGGAACUUAUUGCUAAAGUACAACAGUUGACUCAGGAUCUUCAAAGGGCCCAUGCUGAUGUGCAACAGCUUCCUGCUCUGAUGUCUGAACUCGAGGGCCUUAGGCAGGAGUACCAUCAUUGCAGGGUCACUUACGACUAUGAGAAGAGAUUAUUUGAGGAUCACCUUCAGCAACUUCAGGUGAUGGAGAAGAAUUAUGUUACCAUGGCCACUGAAGUCGAAAAACUACGAGCUGAGCUUUCGAAUGCUGCUAAUGUUGAAGGAAGAGCUGUAGGACCACAAGGUGGCCCCAGUGUAAACGCUGGAAGUGAGGUGACUGGAAACUCUUCCGCGCAAACUGCACCUGGUGAUGGUUACAGUGUUCCUCAGGCUGGUGGACCUCCUCCUCCAAAUGCGGCUGCCAAUGCUGGGGUUAAUCCUCCCAUCCCUCCCAUUCCGCCUGCCGGAACUCCUGCAUAUCCUGGAGCUCCAUCUAGGCCCGCUCCUCUAAGGCACAACCAUGAUGCAACUGUGGCUGGUUAUGGCGCCGAGAGGGUACCCAGUUAUGACCCAUUCCGAGGCCCCAUUUACGAUCCACAGAAAGGCGGCUUCAGUUAUGAUGCACAGAGAGGAGCUGGUUUCGAUAUGCAGAGAGGGAAUUACAAUAAUGUGUACAAGGCACCUGGUCAUGACAUGCCGAGUGGACCUUCUUAUGAUGCUUCCAAGGGUCCACCAUAUGAUGUAAAAUCCAGAGGUGCUGCUGGACAGCAGCACGGGCAAGUCCCUCCGGCGAACAAUGCGCCCCGUGCAUCCUCAACCCCGCCAUCUCGCCCUGGUGGUGCUUAUGAUGCACCGCCACGAGGUGGAAACCCAGCUUGGAAAUAGGCUCGAAACAUUGCAACCUUGCGGCGGGCCUAUUCAAUAUUCUCGGCGACAGGUCGAAUCUUGUGUAGCUCCUUUCCUGGAAUAUGGAUCUCCUUCCUAGAGCAUCAAACUACUAUUAGUCCCACCAUGAUGGAGGAUGUAUUCCUGGUUAUGGAACGAGGGGGUUCUUUUGUUGAAAACCAUUGUCCCCGAUCCGACUCGCAUUUUGUAGUGGAAAGAGAAAAAACAAAGAUGUCGAUUUCGUUUC